AUGGAUUUUUCAAAGCAGCACGAAGAUAUCUUCGGCCAGGACUAUGAUGACGACGACCAUAAUACCCAAGAUGCGGCCCAUUCAUCCUCACCAUCCUCCUCCUCAUCAUCGUCGUCUUCAUCAUCUUCAUCGUCGUCGGCUUCUUCUUCAUCCAACGGCAGCGAUGGAGGCGAGUCCAGCAGUGGCAAUAGCCCAAGCGCCAGCAGUGCUGGUGGUGGUGGUGGUGAAGAAGAGGAAGAGAAUGGUGAUGAGGCUGAUAAUUCAAACGCCGCCAACAGCAAUGAGUUUAACAAUAGGGGUUAUUUUGGGGACGGAGAUAAGGAUCUGUUCGGGUCUGAUAAUGAAGAUUUCUGUAAAACCCCUGCUACUAGUCCUUUCCUUAUUCCUGUAUUGCCUGUCAUACGCAAUACUAAUAAUCAGGGUAGAGGAAAUUUUGGGCGCGGUCGUUGGCAAUCAGGGCAUCCAAAUGACAGAGGUGCAGGCAUCCUUCCCCGACCCGGACCUUAUCCACAGAGGCAUAAUUACGGUUAUGGUUCAAAGUUCUCAAAUGGUCAUCGUGAUGAACGAUUUGUUUCGGAUCUAAGACUUACAAAGAGUGAAGAAACACUAUCGAGAAAGAUGAUUGCAUUUCAGGAACCCUGUGAACUUGCUUGCUAUAGUCGGGUAGAAGGUGGAGAUGUCACCUUUGAUGAUACCAGCUUGAGGCUUUUCAAACGUCUUAUUACUGAAGACAUUGGAGCCGAUCUCAAUGAUGGUUAUGAUACUUUUAUUGGAAAGAAAGAUUUGGGCUCUCAAGGUUUUGGUGACCUUCUUGCCUGCAUAAGAGACAAGAAUAUUCCACUUCAAAAUAUUCAUUUUGUGACUUAUCGUAACAAUCUUAACAAGAUAUUGGCCACUGCUUAUAUUCGACACGAGCCUUGGGAAAUGGGAGUGCAUAAAAGGAAUGGGGUUGUCUAUCUUGAUGUGCAUAAACUACCUGAAAGGCCACAAAGUGAAUUGGAUCGUCGAAGGUGUUACUGGGGUUAUUGUUUUGAGAGUCUUGCCACUGAAGAUCCAGGGAGAGGUGACGGAGGGAUACAUCAUGUUGAUGCCAAUGUUGAAUUCUGUUCUGUGAUCAAAACAAAAUUAGGGGCCCAUCGUAUUCUAAUGGGUGCUGAAAUGGAUUGUUGUGAUUCAACUGAUGAUGGGAGGAGGUUUUAUGUGGAGCUAAAGACAAGUCGUGAGUUGGAUUAUCAUACGGAGGAAAGAUUUGAGAGAGAGAAGCUCCUCAAGUUUUGGAUACAAUCCUUCUUAGCGGGUGUUCCCUAUAUUGUCAUUGGAUUUAGGGAUGAUGCCGGUCGACUUGUCCGCACAGAGAGACUAAGAACCAAAGAUAUUACACAAAGAGUGAAAAUGAAGAACUACUGGCAGGGAGGAGUUUGCUUGGCAUUUGCUGAUGAGGUAUUAUGCUGGCUGUACGGGACAGUUAAAGAGAAUGAAGAUUACAUAUUGCAGUUUGCUCCUCCUUUCAACCGUUUGGAGCUUUUACAGGCCCAAUCUUGCCCUGAGGAAAUCACGAACCAUGUUCAGCAAUUGUAG